AUGUCAGACUCAGAAAAAACACCGCUACCUUCAGAAAAGCCCAACGAAGAAUUGCAAGGUGACAACGGCAACAUUGGCUCCCUCGACAACGACAACUUGGACCCUUCUUUGGACCCGAUGUUGGACCCGGCCUUGGGUGACAAUUUGGACGACGGCUUGCACAACAUGACCUCCGAGCCCAACGAGUUUUUCGAUAUGGACAUGGACAAGGACGACGAGAAGCUACAACAAGAUGAGCCUGUCAACGAGGAGACAAACGCUGACGAUGAUAAAAAGGAGGAGAAUGACGCGGAUACAAACACAAACCUAGACAUGGACGUGGAUUUAAACGUGGAAGCCAAGGACCAGGAGUCUGGCGAAACCGAUAAAGAAGCCGAGAAGGCUGCGCCUGAAUCGGCUGCUUCUCCAGCAGUCGAGAAGACCGAAAGCGAAGCCGAAAAGCCUGUCACGACAGAAGGCGAUAAGGAGAGUCGAAAAAAUGCCCCUCGCAUAGAAGACGACGAGCCAGAAAUCAAGCAAGAGCCCGUUGCGACAGUGGAGAAGCAUGAGAGUGACUCAGAGCUCGAGGAAGACGUGUUUGAGAAGUUGGGCGACUCUCGCCACUUGGACACCGACAACAAGUCUCGCAUUCGCCAAACCCACGCCAUAAUAAUCCCCUCCUACGCAUCAUGGUUUAACAUGAAGAAGAUUCACCAAAUUGAGCGUGACUCGUUGCCCGAAUUCUUCAACACGUCGCAUCCCUCCAAGUCCCCUAAGAUUUACGCCAACUACAGAAAUUUCAUGAUCAACGUUUACAGGUUAAACCCCAAUGAGUACUUGACAUUGACCUCAUGCCGCCGAAACUUGGUCGGCGAUGUGGGUACCUUGAUGCGGGUUCACCGCUUUCUCACCAAAUGGGGUCUCAUAAACUACCAAGUGAACCCUCAGCUCAAACCCGCUUACGCUUUAGAGAAAUUGCCUAACGGAUCCCUGGUUGGAUUACCAUACACUGGCGACUUUCAUGUACAAUACGACACCCCUAGAGGUUUGUUCCCAUUCGAUACUUACAAGGUGAACCCAGAGAACGUGAAUGCUGGAAAGCUAAAAGCUCUUCUCGCGUCUGACCAAACACUCAAUGGCUCAUCGGAUCACACUAAUGAUAUCCUUACUGAUGGCUUGGGACUUGAUGAUGAGCCAGCACUGAAAAAGCGUAAGAUUGAGGACGCAGUUGAUGACAAAUGGACCACGGAAGAGCUUUCGCUGCUUGUUCUUGGAAUAAAAGAGGACAGGAAUGACUGGUAUAAAAUUGCGAAGAGAGUUGGCAACGACAAAACACCUCAAGAAUGUAUCCUUAAAUUUCUCGGUAUGCCUUUGGAAGAUCGGUUUAACGCACUCAACACCAAGGACGAAAGCAUAAUCAAAUAUGCCGCAAAUUUCCCAGUCUCGUCUAUUGAUAAUCCAAUCAUUGGCAAUCUUGUCUUCAUGACGAAUCUCGUCGACGCGGAUGUGGUGAAAGCUGCUACGAAACGUGCCUCAGACUUGUUGGAUCAGAGAUUCUUCGAAAGGGUCGAGAAGGCACAAGCUAUCAAAUCGGAGUCGGAGGACAAAAAGGAGAGUUCAGAGUCCAAUGGCUCCGUUAAUAUUGACUCGGUUGACCCAUCCCUCGGCGACGACUUGAAGCAAACCUUUGAAGCGUCUGAAUCGAGUGACAAUAUCAAAGAUGCUGCCACUGGUGUCUUGGGCGCCGUGGGUGGUCGCAGUCAUUUAUUUGCCAACUAUGAGGAGAGAGAGAUGCAGCGCUUGACAUCAAGCAUAUUGAACAAUGAGCUCACGAAACUCGACGUUAAAAUGAACAAGGUGAAUGAGCUUGAAAGGAUCUUCCAAAGAGAAAGAUCAAAUUUAUCACGUCUUCAAAGUGAAAUAUUUUGCGACAGGCUUGCGUUGACAAGAUCAACGGUCAAUAUUUCCAAGAAGCUUAAUGAGGCGCUCGAGCUCCUUAAGUCCUCGAAAGCAGCAGAAGGCUCUGUGUCAGAAGACAAGGCACAAAACAUUGAGGACAUUCUCAAGGAUGCUCAAUCAUUGCUUUAUAAGCCAACGAUACUGGCCUUUGAGGAGAAAGACUCGAAGGCUGAGUCACAAAGUAAGUCUGAGGAAAGUGACGAAAAGGCACAGGCGGCUGAAUCUACGGUCAAGCCUUUGUCUAUAAAGACGCCUCAGUCCUUUAAGGUUUGGGUACCAUAG